AUGUUUACCUUGGCCAAAGUGCCCAAAGUUGCAGAAUCACCCAUUUUAUACUCCUGGGUCGCUUAUCCUGUGCUGUCCAACGUUCACUCACAUGACACUGAGCUAAUUGAGGCCUUUGCAGCUCCCAUCGUCAACAAGAAAGAAACCUCUCGUUUGAUAAAGGAGUUAGACAUGCACAUAUCUGAUCUGUCGCCCUCAGGUAUAAUAAACUAUGGAGGUCUAGGGGACCUUUUCCUGGUCAAGACACCAGCAUGCCCGCCUUUGAUCAGAUCAAAGUUUGAGCAGGCCAGGAAACACUGCCCCACCUCCUAUUAUGAGGACAAGCAAGUGACGGUGGCACUAAAAGGCCAGCUGUUCACCUCCUCUACGAAAGCCAAGAUGCAGGACUACAUGGCUGCUGUGGCUGCAGCAAGAGCAGGGCAGGAGAGAGGCGUGGGGGCUGCAGUCGUUGAGCCAGAGGCACGUGGUGGGGCCUACACCCAUGAUAAGUACCCCUCCUGCCAGUUUGUUUUGCCCGACUCUUCACCCUCUGAAAUACAUGGCGCCACCACCAUGCCAACCUGUGGGGUCCUGCGGGACAAGGACAGUGCAGAGGAGGGUCAGCCGUACAUCUGCACCGGGAACAACCUGUAUGUAACUUGAGAGCCUUGUAUUUGAGAGCCUUGUACACUGCUAGUCCAGUCCAAAGUCUUCUAUGGAACAGCCUCUACCGAUGUGGCAUUUGGGACUAAAUAUAAAAUUGAUGCUCAAAAAUAG